GUGAUUUGAGUCUUUAGUUACUGGCGUAAUGAGUUGGUGUAAUAUGCGGCUUUCUCUGCACCUUGCUUGUCUAUGGGUCGUAUUUGUUGGCUUAUCUUACAGCUUUUCACCGGGAGGAAAUAAAUGGAUAACUCGGUCUCGACCGUCAUUGGCUAAGGCUGUCCAGCAUCAUCAUCCUCACUCUUCCUUCAAGUCCACGUCAAAGACCCACCGACUCGACAGACCGCACGGGUUGAAGAAGCUAAGCAAAGUGAAAGCGGCCAUUCAGUUUCCUGAGCCUCGUAUUCUUCACACCCCCAGUCCACCUCAAACAGUACAUUUCAGAGCCAACGGUCGUGUGCAAAUAGAAUGUGGGGGUGCCAGAAUGAUGGUCACGGUCCCGCUGGACCUCUUUGCUAAUAAGAUGCCAGCUGACCCCGAUUUUCUUUUCUUGGGAAAUAACCCGAAAUGCAAGUACUGUACAACUUUUUGAAUCUAACGGCCAUGACCGCUACCUUUGACGUGAAGCUUCGGGACUGUGGCAGUGAGAUACAUGUCACGGAUGAUAAAUUCAUCUAUAUGAACAAGCUGGUCUACAUCCCUGUAAAACCAGACUCUGUCAUCAUGAGGACUGGUAGGACAGUGCUCCCCAUUGAAUGUGUGUAUAAUCGGGUGACCAACGUUAGCAGCAAGGGUCUUCAGCCAACUUGGAUCCCUAUCUUCUCCACAAAAAUGGUGAACACUUCCCUAACUUUCAGACUGACUUUGAUGAAUGAUAACUGGACUGCACCAACCACCACCAAGACAUUUUCUUUAUCUAGCGUCCUCAACUUUGAGGCCUCUGUGGAUUCCAGCAACCACUACCCAAUGCAGCUCUUUGUUGAUCGUUGUAGGGCUUCUGAGUCGGCCUCCAUGGAUUCCUCUCGCAGUUACAACUUCAUCAAGCACCAUGGGUGUCUGGUUGAUGGACUCCAAAAGGAUUCAAUCGCAACCUUUAAACAUCCUAGAGUGCAACCAAAUGUGCUGCAGUUCAUCAUAAAUGCCUUCUAUUUCUCUUCAGAUGCUCAAAAUCCAUUACAGGAGAUCUAUAUUACAUGCCAAGUGAAGGUGGUUCCUAUUGGCCAAACUGAUAAUCGUAACAAGGCCUGUUUUUACGACAAGAUGCAUAGCAGGUGGCUUUCUGUGGAUGGAAUGAUACUGUCUGUAGAUGCUGCUCUACUGGAACCUGCAGUUCUUCGAGAAAGUACUCCAAUGGCCAGAAGUGGAAGAGGGCAAUGGGUGAACCUUUAGAGUCUGAGUCUCUGGUUGUGGUGGGCCCCAUUAGACUUUCUGAUGAAAACCUUGUACCUGACGAAGAAAAAGCUUUUAGUGAAAAAGAUGUUGGCCUGGUGUUCCUUGUUGGAGUAGCCUCCAUGACUGCUGGCAUCUUCCUUGUUAUCUUGGCUCUGCUCUUGUUGUACAAACUCAAAAACUUUGUGUAACUCUUACUGUUGAAGGCUUGGUAAAUUU